UUGCUCCAGUUUAUCACUGGACUGCGUGACAGUAGGAUCGUGCAGUCUCCGUGUCCGACGCAAGACCUCCUCUCGCUCACUCGACGCACCUGGCUCUCUCUCUCUCUUUGUUUUCCCCUCUCGCGUCCAAACCAGGCGUGUCUCGCGUUUUGCCCUAACUGGGGGAAAAAAAAAGGACGUAGCCUUUGGAAAAUAAAAAAAGGAGGAAAAAAAAACCUUUCAGUGGCUUUUUCUGACUUAAAUAUAUUCUCGUGAUUGAAAAUAAGAGGAGGGUGUGCCUAGUUUGCCGAAGAAAACGGUUUGUUGUAGUUUCCCCCUUACUUUCUUUCUAGAGAGAGAGAGAGAGGAGAAAGGGCGAGGAGGAGAGAGAGAGAGAGAGAGAGAGAGCGCGCGCGCGUCAAAUCCUCCCUGGCAGCAGCGGGUUAAGGCCAAACUCCCGAAGGAUGUGAGGGACAAGGCGCCCCCGUCCUUCGCAGCGAACCUGGGGAGACGCCCCUGCCGUGUCCAUGAGGUGAUCCCGCCGCCGCUGUUGGCUCAUGAAAAGGCGGCAGGGCGCCACGACGGCGGCAGUCACUCUCCUCCUCCUCCUCCUCCUGCUUCUCCCAGGCGAAGCACCUUCUGCUGCCGCUGCUGCUGCUGCCGAGGGCCAUGGGAUGCAAACUGUCGAGGGCUCUGUCCAGGGACCAAGACCUGGGGAAGAAGAAGGAGAAGGACUUCAACGAACCCCCGGCACCCCCGCCCCCUGACCCUCGCCUGCCCCUCAACGCCCGUCAGAAGUUCAACAUCGCCAAGUCCUGGAAGGGGAUCAGCCGCGCCCUCGAACCCACCGGCGUCUACAUGUUUCUCGAACUCUUCGAGAACAACUCAGAGCUGCUAGGUUUCUUUAACAAGUUCAAGCAGUACCGUACACGUGAUGAACAAGCAGAAUCUUUGGAACUGGCAGAGCACGCAACAAUUGUCAUGAAUUCUAUUGAUGAAGGAAUAAAAGCAAUGGAUAAUGUCGACUUCUUCUUUGACCUUCUGCACCAGAUAGGCGCAUCACAUCGUAAAAUCCCAGGGUUCCAAAAGGAGUACUUUUGGAAAAUAGAGCAACCAUUUCUGGAAGCAGUACGACUUACCCUAGGAGACCGAUACACUGACAACAUGGACAACAUCUACCGCAUCACUAUAAAAUUCCUUAUAGAGACUGUCAUUCGAGGCUACGAACUAGCCGAAGAGCGGGAACCAAACGAUAAUGUAAAGAAGGAUUCAAACUCGACCGAAGGCAACAGCAGUAAGGCAGCUAAAGGCUCUUGAAGACAGCAAAAGAAAUACAGUAACAGUGAUGGUGAAAAUGAGGUUUUAUGUGAAACUGCCAUUAGGGAUCUCGCACUACAGUAUAUUCAUAAUAGAAAUGAAAACCUUACCACUUACUCAAAUGUGGUAUAUAAAUAUAUAUACACAAGAUGGCAGGACCAAAUGUAUGUUACUACUAUGAAUAUAUUUUUCUUAUUGUUUUUAUGAUUUACUCUUUAAACCAAAAUUCCAUGUACUGUUUAGUAAAUACUGGUGAGUAAUGGUAUUCAAGGAAGACUGAAAACAGAAAGUGAACUUUUGAAUAUGUUGUGCUUCUCCUAAAGACAGCUGUGAAUGAAGAUGAAAUGGAUGCCUGUCAUUUUUAAAUCCUUUGAAGGUGUUAUCCCUUGUUUUGUGCUGCUCUUUUAUAGACUAUUUGCUCAUAAAUCAUGUAAGGAAUCCAGGUGUACUGUGCCAUGGCAAAAUCUAUUAGGUAGCCAGGGUUCCUUGUGUUAUUAAAAGAUUAUGGUUUCACAGUGAAGGUUUGUUAUGUUUCAUGUUUGGUCUUAAGGACAGCAAGUAAUGUAAUUUGGCUAUAUACUCAUACCUUACAUAAGUUGAUACACUGAAUGUGUAAGUCACACUCAGUGAGGAAAAAAGUUUCAGAAUCAAGAUAUUUAAGCUCAGGUUGAGAGAACCAACCACCAACACAACACUUAAUGUACGCUCAAUACAAGUACUACAAUAUAACCUGUUAUUCAUGUACUACUUCCAGAUUUCAAACUGAAAAAAAGACAGAAUGCAUUUCCACGAAAUAGGCCAUGUCUACAAAAUUGUUCUAAAAAAAUAGGGUGUGUAUAUAUCCUCUAAUGGUAUACUGUAAAUUAAAACAUUUCCAAUGUUUUACCUUAAUAUAGCUGCAAAAGCCUUUUACAUUUAUAAGGGAAAGUAAUAACGUAGCAGAGAAAAUGUCUUAAUUUGCAUGGUAUGAUUCUAAAGUACCUAAAAGUACAAUAUUGUGUUUUACACCAGUUAUGUAGUUGGAAGUGAACACCAUGCCUUUUCGAACUCCUUUAAUGUGUAUUUCUAGCAUUAAGGGCAAAUUUUGCUAGUCACCACAAUGCUCAGAGCACCCCACUACCUGUCAAUUUUAGACUAUAGAUGAAAAUGAGAAUUACUAUAUUAACAGAGUAUUUUAUAGAAUCUAGCCUCAGUCAUUUGUAACCAACAGCUCAUGAAUAUUUAAAAACUAUCCAAGUAUAAUAAUCAUGAUUAAUAAAGUAUGAAUAGUUUACAACCUUUGCUAAAGUUAGGUAAGGAGAGGUUUGGCAAUCACUUUGAGGUUCUAGAUAUUACACUUUUGUCCAAUUCUGCCUUAUAACUGCCACUUUCAAGACAUUACUUAAAUAGUUUUUGAGUGGGAACUUGUAUGUUCUGUACCAUUAUGAACACCAGAUUUGCCUUCUAUACAGACAUUGUGAACAAAUUGAGAGCCUUACCAUGAAUCAUCUUGCUAUUCUAUUACUCAUGUACUAUUUAGUGAACUAUAAUAUUACAGUAGUUACUAGCUUACAUACCAGGUAUAUUUAAAUAAUGUGCUGUAUUAAUAUUAAAAAGUAGUUUACUUAGAGCACAGAGCAGUGUUGUAUUUACCACUUUAAAUUCAAUAUAUUGCACAGUAAACAGAAACUGCAUGAAGUACGGUGCCUGAUAUUUUUUGGUACUGUACCCCUAAAUUAUGGCAUUGGUGCUGUACCCUCCCUAAAUUAUGGCAGUGUCCAACUUCUUCAAAAUAUAAGCUUUAUUUUUACUAACAGGCUAUCAGUGUUUUCCAAAAUUUCAGAGGAAAAAUCGUAUAUUAAAAGCUAAUACCUAUUUUCUUAAACAACGAAACAGUCAUUCCCAUAUACAAUUCUGAGUAAUCUACAGUACUGAUGAAGCUGUUCCUAAAAUUCAUACAGGUACCACACACAAAAACUAAGACUACAAUCAUGAUAAGACUGCAUUCAAUAAUUCUGACAGAAACCUGAAUGAGAGGUAAUGUUCCACAAUGCAAUACACCCUCCUUACUUGGAGAGAGGGGGGAGGGCUUGCUACUUGGAACAUCUAUUUGCCAAUUCCUGAAGGCUUCCCUCCAGCAAUUUUAGAUUAGCAAUAAGGAUGCCAUCAUGGGUUUUGUAUAAAUCAACAAAAAGAAAUAUCUACCAAAAAAAUACCCUUCUGUCAACUACUUAUAACCUUUGAAGUACUUUUUCUUCUAGUCUAUUCACUUCAGAUUUUCUCUACUAUUACAUGAGAAAUUUGUUUCGACUAAAAUAUACUUGAAGCUAUUUGUGGCAUCCUUUAUACUUCCUGUAAAUAUUUAAGAUAAGUCCUACAGUAACAUUAUAUAAUGCUGUAUGGAAACCUAUCCUCUUGUGGAUUUUAAGGAUUUGCUUAAGUUUUUGAUGUUUGAAUGUUAUCAUUAGGUGAGCAUUAGUACUGCCUGUAAUUUGCUUUUAUAAAAUGAAGUGCUCUAUACUAUGUAAGAGAAAUUUAGCAGUUUCAUUGCAACAAAAUAAUUUAGAAUGAGCCCAACCUGCGCACAUGGCUAAGUGGAGACGCGUGUGCGCCCAUCUGUGUCUGCUUCCUCAUCACCGAAAUAGGUCACAAAAUUCCCUCAAGACCAAAGGAUAGUGGAACAUUGCUAUGAAGUUGUUCUGGACGAUUUCAAACAAUUACGGACACCAGCUAGAAUAUAAAGGAAGGGUUAACUGUAUCAAGCAACAAUAUGACAAUGUUCCAUUAUCAUCUUUAUUCAAUGGAUAUUGGGUCGGAGUGGUGUUGUCAUUUGUUAUUAGCAGUUUGUUAGUAUUAAGUGAGAGAGAAAGGAAAUCUUCAGGAAAGGCUUGAACUAAAUCAAUUAACAGUCUUAUCAACUAAUCAGCUUCAUUUUAAAAAUGUAGAGAAUAUAUCAUAAUAGUCAAAACUUAUUUUUUUCAAAAAGAAGUGUGCAUACCCUUUGAACAAUUUCUUAAAAUUCUAUUGAAAAUAACUAAAUCUAUUCAGAUAUGUAAAAUUGAAUCUGGCCAGGUAAUCAAGGGAACAUGGGAGCAGCUUUGUCACUGCAAUCACUUUUCAUUUUAUUUUAAAAGUUAACCUUGCUCUUUUAAAGAUAGUUUGUACCAACAAAUCAAUACUACUUUGUCAGUUUCUUAGCAUAUAAGAUAAUUCUGUAUCUUAAUGGGAAAAAAAGGACACUUUUAGAAACUAGGUUAGCAAGUGGUAUCAGGAACCCAUUCAGCUGACAGAAACACUGACACUAAUUUAGAUAUUGUUGAUUUCCCUUCAUAAUAAGUACACAGUACUGAUGAAUAAAGAAAUUUAGGAGUCAGCAGAAUUCAAAAAUACUUCAAAAGUCUUGGUUAAAAAAAAAAAAAAUUUAAUCAGCUCUCUAGAGCAGCUGUUCAAUUUACAGUUAAAAGGCCUGUUAAAUGCUAUACGAUGUAGUUCUGGUAUUUUAGUAUCACUUUGACGUCUGAUGGUCCUAGUGGUCGUGUAAAGGACCAUAAGACAGUCACACAAAAUUAAACCUUUACCAGGUACAAAGCAUUCUACAGGAUUUUCAUCAAUACUAAUGACAAACUUAAUUUACUCUUGGAUUGAAAACAAUCAUUGAAAUACUGCCUUUACUUAGUUUCAUUGCUUUCUGCCUUUUACUUUUUCCCUAUGGUCUCUUCCCACCUACCUAAUGGUCCAACUUCCACCCAUCAUCACAGAACAAGCUUCUUUAGGUAAUCCCUCUAGAGUAUAGAAAUGCAACACUGUGGUCUCACAAAACUACUUUUUAAUAAUAAUUGAUUUAAACCAUAUUUCAGCAUAUGAAUUUCAGUAUUAUUACUUGUCAGCAAAUUGGCGUAAGGUACAGGAUACUCCGUUUUAUCUGUAGGUGUGUUGCAAGUCCAGUUGGCUACAGGUCCUGUGGGAUCUGUGUGAAAUUUAAUCCACAAAGUCAAUUCACACUAGGCACAAGAGGAGUGUGACUGAGUGUACUCCAAUAAAUUCAAAUGAAUAAGAUGAGUUAUUAACUUAUUACAAGGCUUAAUUGGUUGAAAAUGCUUAAAAGGCUAAAAAGUCUGUGAAUAGCAAAUAUCAAAAAUAUACCAACAAUAAAAAACUGCACUGAGAAAACGUUAAACAAGAAAUACUUAGCCUGUAAAGCAAUUAGAAAAGUUCUCUUAGAUCACUCUGCGAACAGUCUCUGACACAACAGAUUGUUACACUUUCUAGAUUUAAGUGUUGCCUACUAUUCUGGGGGUGUUCAAGAAAAGAAUUUGCUACAGAACUCCACUCACAAAAUGGUUGCACUAAUCAAACUUGCACACAAUGUGUAACAGAAUUCAUUUGCAUUACAGUUCAAAACUAAAAUUGAAAAAUUAUAAAAUACAAAAACAAUACGAACAACAUACAAGCUACAAAAAACUAAUGCAAUAGGAAAGUUUCCAUCGUAUUUUCACCAAAGGUAAAGCCAUUUUUAACUUGUGAACUACAUGUGCUAUGAUGUGGAUUAAGACAUUAUCUCUAUAAGGCUACGAAAAUAUCUGGGAAUAAUUUUGAAAAAAAAAUAUAUAUCUAGUUUUCACUCACUAUUUAUGACAUAUUCAUUCUGCAUCUUCCAUUCAACUUGAAUACCAUUAUAAAUGCCAAGUCAUUAAUCUUAAGGAACUUCCCCAGCCACUGCACAGCUCGGCUGCUAGUGACAUUUGGUCAGUAUUAUAUACUGGUCACAUUCUCCAUAUUAACAGUGCUCGUGUGAUGUGCUACAAAUGCUUAAGGGAAGUAUGCUAGGAAGAAAGCAUCAAGUAAGAGGAAUGUUUGAGAGUGCUGUAGAAGGUUUAGUAAGUUAGGCUCAUUAUAUAGUUACUGAUCACACUCAUAUUUUAGAAAAGUACUUAUAGUAUUCUGUGUAAGCUCUUGACUGGCUUAAUUCAAGCAUGAGGCAAUAUUAUUAAUCAGGUUGAGUUCAUAAAUGUAUGUAAAAGUACAUUUCAUUUUUAUGAAGUCAUGUAUGGAACUAACAGCAGCAACUGUACUGACUGACUAUUGGUUUUCAGUAGCCUGUGUAUUCCACUAGCUGCUAGAAGGAAGUGAAAUGAACUGCAGUACCACAUUUUUCUUAUCUAUAAAAGUUCAUUGUAUCAGUAAUGAAAUAUCCCACUGUCAUCCAUUAUUGAGUCUGUAAAAAAAAUCACUUUAAAAAGCAACAUCUUUUGUAGUUGUGUGAGGACAAAUUUCAUUUUGGUUCCUUCAGGUUUUCUACCAUUAUUAGUGUUAUGUUAAUGUACUGAAUUUUAUUUACAGAGCUUUCUCGGUACCUGCCUUUUAUGGCGAUGUUUCCUACACUGUGCUUAAUGCCUCAAUGUCUAUUUUCAUAUGUGAGUUGGAACUAGAUGAACUUGCACAUAUGUGUAGGGCUGCUAAGUGUACAAGGCUACAAGCUAUGUGUAGUACAAGGCUACAUGCUAGAUGUAGCAUCAAGGCAAAUACAAUGAUCGAGUACCAAACUGCGAGUAUCAACCAUCGAAAAGUCCCUUCAGUCUGUGCAUGCACGUGUGUGUGUCUUAAAUUUGCAUUCUGAAUUUAAAAAUUUAAGCAACAUUUAUAGGACUGCUGUGUAUAAAUUACUGUUCAGUGUAGACAAUUGUGUGUGUGCAAAAGCUGAGUUGGCUGUUCUUUAAUAAAAGAUUUUAUAUAUCUUCACACUGAGAAACAAUCUUACAUUAGGCCUGUAUUGAACCUAAUUCUCAAGAAAAUUAUUUACAUCUUAGCAACCAUUAUUAGGAACAGUCAUGUCAACAACUUUCUCAGAAAAAUAAAAAAAUGUGUGAUUUGAUAAGUGGCAAUUUGGCAAGCUAAGGUACAAAAUUUCAAAACCUUUUCACUAAAUCCAUUACUUUGCCCACCUGCACAGUAAGACGAUCAAAUUAUAUGUUUCCUUCACCCUACAACAAUUUUAUAUAAAGUUUAUUUUUCUUUUAGUUUAUUUUCCUUUUAGACAUUUUUUUUUUAGGAUAAAAAGGCCAACUUCACAUAUUCAGGGUAAAACAAGAUCAUAAUUUUAAGGAUCCAAUGGAUAUGCUAAGUUUAACAAUUCAUAUGUAACUGCUGGCAUUCAGGAAUAAACAAACAACUAUUGCUGAAUGACUAUUGGAAACUAGACUAAAAUGUACACCUUUUAAAGUAUAAGGUACACUAGUCUUACCUAAGCUGUGGUACUCUUUAAAGUUGUAAUUUUUCCUUCAGUAAAAUUUUAAGAUUAAUAAAUUAAAGCUACACAGUCUCGGUUUUAUUGCCAAUUUAAAUACAAAAAUCUGUCAUGGUUAAAGUCACUAAAUCACACAAAAUUACUAUCGUAGGCUGUAUUCAAGUUUUGGUGAAAAAGUUCUACACUUGUUAUAUCUGUGAGUUCAUUCCCAUUAUAAUUAUAUAGUAUAAUUUGUAACAUUAGUUUACCCACAUCACACUAUUGUAUGCUAUGUCAGAGAUUAAUAAAGAGAAAUGUUUGUUUUCAGUCUA